CAGCUCCGGGAGGUUUUCUCUCUCGCUUUCCCUCUCUUCUCUGUCUCCUCCCUUUUCUUUUUGAUGGGAGGGCAAAGGUUUGGCUGCCUUACGCCACCGUAGCCUCAGCCCCUCCCACUUUUGCCCUCGGAACGUCUCGACAGCGGGGAGUAGCGGCGCGUGGCUGUAAGAGAGGAACGGGCUGCCGGAAGCCAAGAAGCGAGCAGCUGCAGUAGCCGCGCGGGCGCGCGCCAGCCCACCGCCUCAGCCCUGCCGUCUUCUCUCUCCCUCUCCCGGCGCCACACACACGCACACCCGUUUACUUCACAGUCGCCCCUCUUUCUUUCUCCUCAGCCAUGUUGGCAGCCGCUCAGCUCCUCCGCCGCUGCGCCGCGCCCGCCCUCCGCGGCUUGGUCCCGAGGGCGUCCCCCGCAGCGGUAUUGCCUGUACGCUGUUAUUCACAUGGGUCACAAGAGUCAGACGAAGAGUUUGAUGCUCGCUGGGUGACAUACUUCAAUAAGCCAGAUAUUGAUGCCUGGGAGCUAAGGAAAGGAAUGAAUACACUUGUUAGUUAUGACCUGGUUCCAGAACCAAAAAUCAUUGAUGCUGCUUUGAGGGCAUGCAGACGACUAAAUGACUUUGCUAGUGCGGUCCGUAUCUUAGAAGCUGUAAAGGAGAAAGCAGGACCUCAUAAGGAAAUAUACCCAUAUGUUAUCCAGGAACUUAGACCGACUUUGAAUGAAUUGGGAAUCUCAACUCCAGAGGAACUUGGUCUGGACAAAGUGUAAACAUAAUUGAUGAGCUUCCCAUGGGUUUAUUGUUAAUGCUACCUGAUUCUACAACAAUUGCCUGGAUACAGACGUUAUAAUAUUACUUAUUUGAAAUUACUACUUCCUUUUAUUGAGUCCUGGAAUAUGUGUUGUGAAGCUGGACCUAAUAAAGGGGAACUGGUUUGAACUGAAA